AGUAAUUGUGUGCAUGGCUCGGCUGUGCAGGGAGAGUGGAGGCAAAACUGAUACCAAAUGAGGGUAUCAAACUGAGAUCUGGAUGUUCUGUUUAAGUUGCCGCUCCUUCUCAUUAGCCCCACCAGGGGUGAAGAGCUUGUAAAUGAAACAUCCUCUUUAAAAAGAGCAUUUGUUUCUGGAUGGAUUUUAAAUUUUCCUCCUCAUGAAGCCUGAAUGAGUGCUGUAGUGGAUAUAAAUGAAGGGGGGUUUCAUUAUGCUUUUUUUAUUAUUUACUAAUCAGACUUCCGCUCAAUCAGAUAAAAGAGAGAGGUUCUGUUGCCUAGAAGUCAGACCGUUAAUGAGGAUUGGAGCCCCCCGGGGGCUGAAAUCCAAAGUAGAACGAUGCUGCUUUCCGGUUUCUUGCCAUUUCUUCAGUUGCUUCUUCUCCCUUUUCCAAUGGGCCUAGGGAGCGGGAACUAUCCAAGGUGCUAGAAGGCUGACAGCUUUGACUUUCGCUGCAGACGGAUUGCAGAAGCAGUGGCUAAAGAUUACUGCUUAUUUCAGAAGAAUAUAAUCAAAUGAGGUACCUUAGCCAGCCUGGUGACUGCUUUGGGUCUUGUAAUCAUCUGUGUAGCAAAGAAAUGGGUAAAAUCAUUCAAUUUCUUGUCUGCUAGACCUGGAAGGAAAGGAACUGUGUGUUCAUCCCCACCCAUUAGCUAUGCCCUCCUUUCUCCGAAUGUCAAUUGAAAGAAGCAAGCACCUGUCUUCUGCCACUGCAUCCUCCUAGCAAACUUUAAAGGCCAUUUUCUCUGGUAGAAAGAACAUCGAGAAUCCUUCAGUGUCUAGUGAUGAAGAAUCUGGGAGUGGACACUUUUCUCAUCCAGAAACAAUGCACUUUAUUUGAAGAAAAACUGAGCUGAACUACAAGUCUAUUUCUUAUGGUGCUGGAUUACUCCUAACGAACUGCCCUGAGAUCAACCUUGACAGACUCAAGUCACCGUCUGAUUGUUGCACUUAGCUCUCCCUGGGGACUCAUAUUUUGGAAAUACUCCUUUCUGCAUGAUAUCCUCCAAGAUGAUGAGUUCUAAUCCCGAAGAAGAUCCUCUGGACACAUUUCUCCAGUACAUUGAGGAUAUGGGAAUGAAGGUGUACGACGGCUUGGUUAUUCAGAACGCAUCAGACAUUGCGCGAGAGAAUGAUCGUUUGAGAAAUGAAACCAACUUGGCUUAUUUGAAAGAGAAGAAUGAGAAGCGUCGAAGGCAAGAAGAAGCAAUAAAACGCAUAGGUGGAGAAGUAGGGCGAGGCCACGAAGGAAGUUACGUGGGCAAACAUUUCCGCAUGGGCUUCAUGACGAUGCCUGCUCCUCAGGACAGACUUCCCCACCCUUGCCCCACUGGUUUUUCCGUGAGAUCGCAGUCCCUUCACUCGGUCGGUGGAACAGACGAGGACAGCAGCUGUGGCUCCCGAAGACAACCUCCACCUAAGCCCAAGCGGGACCCCAGCACCAAACUGAGCACCUCCUCGGAGACGGUCAACAGCACGACCACCAGUAAGAGCGGGAAGCCCCUGGAAAGAUCUGAAGUGCCCUCUAAACCAAGACCCCACAGCGACGAAUAUUCUAAGAAGAUUCCUCCUCCGAAGCCCAAACGGAACCCCAACACUCAGCUGAGCACAUCCUUCGACGAAACCUACAUCAGGAAGCACGGGCCACGGAGGACGUCGCUGCCACGGGACGCCUCCCUCUCCCAGGUGAGCACCCCCUCCGGAGAGCCCGAGGAGGAGCCAGUGUACAUCGAGAUGGUGGGCAACAUCCUCAGAGACUUCCGCAAGGACGACGACGACCAGAGCGAGGCCGUCUAUGAGGAGAUGAAGUACCCCAUUUUUGACGACCUGGGCCAAGAUUCCAAGUGCGACUUUGACCAUCACAGUUGUUCGUCGCAGUGUGCUACACCCACGGUGCCUGAUUUGGACUUCGCCAAGUCCUCAGUGCCAUGCACGCCCAAGGGUUUGCUCUGUGACAUCCCCCCGCCCUUCCCCAACCUGCUGUCGCACAGGCCCCCGCUGCUGGUGUUCCCUCCGGCCCCCGCGCACUGCUCCCCCAACUCGGAUGAGUCCCCCCUCACGCCCCUGGAGGUCACCAAGCUCCCGGUGUUGGAAAACGUGUCUUACCUGAAACAACAGGCAGGGGCGUCGCCGUCCUCCCUGCCACCGCACCCCUCGGGCCACCCGAAACAGGACAAAGAUGCGGGCACAGCCCUGGGACCAGCUUCUGUGCUCUCCUCAUCCCCUCCGCCCCCGUCCACGCUCUACCGAACGCAGUCUCCCCACGGCUACCCCAAAAGUCACUCCGCCUCGCCCUCGCCGGUGAGCAUGGGCAGGUCCCUGACCCCGCUCAGCCUCAAGCGGCCGCCGCCCUACGACGCUGUGCAUGCGGGCAGCCUCUCCAGGAGCUCGCCCUCAGUGCCUCACUCGACCCCCAGGCCGGUGUCACAGGACGGCGCCAAGAUGGUGAGCGCGGCCAUGAGCGCGCACGGGGCGGCUGCAGGUGGCUCGCGCUCACGAACCCCCACGAGCCCUCUGGAGGAGCUCACCAGCCUCUUCACCUCGGGACGCAGCUUGCUGAGGAAGUCGUCCAGCGGCCGACGCUCCAAGGAGCCCGCGGAGAAAUCAACAGAGGAACUGAAAAUCCGAAGCCACAGCACGGAGCCAUUACCAAAGUUGGACAACAAAGAGAGAGGCCACCACGGGGCGUCUUCAUCUAGAGAGCCUGUCAAAGCUCAGGAAUGGGAUGGAACGCCAGGUCCACCAGUCGUCACCAGCCGGCUGGGAAGGUGCUCUGUGAGCCCCACCUUGUUGGCUGGCAACCACAGUUCAGAACCUAAAGUAAGCUGCAAACUAGGCCGAUCUGCAUCUACAUCAGGUGUGCCUCCUCCGUCAGUUACCCCUCUCAGGCAAAGCAGUGACCUGCACCAGAGCCAGGUGGCAUGCAUGCAGUGGUUUCAUGGAGACCAUACAAUGCUUGAGAUGAUUGAGAAAAAGCGUUGCUUGUGCAAGGAAAUAAAGGCUAGACAGAAAACGGAAAAGGGCCUUUGCAAACAGGAUAGCAUGCCUAUUCUGCCCAGCUGGAAGAAGAACACGGGUGCAAAGAAAUACAGCCCUCCGCCCUAUGCUAAGCAACAGACGGUGUUCUGGGAUACAGCAAUAUGAGGGUGCACAGGAUCAUGGGAGCUUCACGGUCCUUCAAAUGAAGAGGGAGGUUGGUUUGGUCAUGUGAUGUUAAUUGUUGCAUAUCUUCUCUGGAAUGCCAUGGGAAGCUGGGCCUGAUUGUUGCAAGCUCAAGAUAGAAAAAAGUCGUCUUUGCAAUGAAGGCAAACUUAUCUCGGAUUAUUUUGAAUCCAGAAGAUAUUAAAAUGUAAAUAUUUUACUAGUUUAUGGGUAACACCUGAAAUGAUACACAGUCAACAUACAUGGAUUACAGAAAUAUCAAGUUUACUACAUGAUAUAAUUUCGCUAUUAACUGGUUUGUUACCUUUUUUAUAUGUAAUCCCUUGAUAUCUUUUAUGAUUAUUUUUUGCAUUUAAAAUCUUGUUUUCCAUUUGUCUGCAUUUGGUUUCUGUGUAAGAACUCAUGGCUUUUUCAAUCAUGUUUAAUCAUAUCAUAUAUGAUCUGGUGCUAGUAAUGUAAGAAGUUGAACAUCAUAUUUAUCAAAAGCAUUUGUUGCUUUUUAAGUUUUUAAAUAUUUGAAAGGACAUUAUGUGAUAUUAACGUGGAAAUCUAUAUUAUAUUGACACCAACAUUUUUGCUACAUUGGAUUUAUAAGAAUUCUCUUUUUAGAAUUCUUU